CGAAAAUGUUAUCCGAGGCUUCGUUAAGGAGAUAUUAAUCGCGGCCACUCCAACGGUAUACUCGUGCUCUGAUUGGUCGGGGCUUUUCCGGUAAUAUCUCCUUAACGAAGCCUCGGACAACAUUUUCGCUAAGGAAAAAGUUGUUUCAAAUAACCCUCCGAACCACCACUUUCAAGAACUUCCAACAUUUUUGGGACACUCUGUAUUAAGGCCACUAGACGAGCCUGGAGACGUUCUUAUAUCAAGGUGGGGUAGCGAAUUUUUCUCGAGAUUUCUAUUUUUAGAGUCCCUAAUUAGACGUACUGAGAUUUUUCAUCCGACGCACUUCUGACAUUUUUCGACAAUUUUGAAAACUUCAAUUUUAACGUCCUUACAGGCUUACGUCCUUACUUACGGAACACCAUGAUCUACAGGUUGAGUACAAAGCAAAGAAACAUCGAAAAUACCAGGGAACUCUAUAGCCGAGCCCCGUUGUGUUUGUCUAUAGCUCGCAAUUAGGCUUACCGCUUCGACGUUCAGUUUAUCGUCGGAAUCGUAAUAGGGAACGAUACAGAUCUUCGAUUCCCGCGUGACACGCUAUCAUUUUCCACUCGUCGAUGAAGACAACGUGCAAUUACAAUUCCAGAACCUUGAAACUCGUCGAGUUAAAUCGAAGUAUAACGUCCUUGCUGCUAGAGCCUAAUGGCGAAACUUAAAUGGCGGAUUCCCGAGAUUGAACGUAAUCAAAUUGUUAAACUUUUUCUCUCUGCUUUGUCAACUUGGGUCGAAACGAUACAGGGAGGCGAGAUUAUGCGUCGAGUAGGAAGUUCUGACGAUUUGUCGGCGAUUUGGAGAGGAAUAGGGUGUUAGGUUAGAUUAGGCCAGUUUAGGGGCCAACAAUCAACUGGAAAAUGCAAUAAUUGGAAGCAGACGUAUUAUUUAAUUAAUGGAAAUGUUUACGAGCGAAUUUAACGUGUUUAUAUCAUACGUAUAUAAUUGGAAAUGAAAAUACAAGGGAAUAGUGCAAAGUAUUUAUUAUAUUUGAAACAUGAAGAUUUCAAGUUCGACCCGAAAUAUUUGCAUAAAUAAAAUAGAAGAAGAUACAAAUUCGAGACUUCUCAAAUAUUCAAAGAAAACGUUUCUUAUAAAAUACACAAAAGAAAAUGUAACAGACUACCUGUUUUCGAUCACCGUAUUUUUAAAGCGGAGACUGGCCUAACUUAUCUAACUAUAGACGUUAUAUAGAUCGUUACGGCGCGAGCAGUUCCGAUGAACGAGCAUAAUGUCGGAUAAAAGUUUACGCGCGCUGGUGAUUGGUUAGACGCGGGAAAGUCAGGUUAAGACCCACUUUGGAACUUUCUGCUGGACAGAGAGCGACUUUGACACCUCGUGCGACAAGGAAUAAAUCAUUCGGGAAUCCCCGGUAACGAAACUAUCCCUUUUGAGCACGCGGAGCCACUUAAUCGACACCUCUAACAAAGAAAAGACGAGUAACUAGAGUGUGCGGAGAUACACCGACCCCUUAAAACAGUCAUUAACACCGUUGCAAUUCCUCUGACUGAUGACCCUAACAACCCCCAUCUAUCCUACGAAACGAUCGACCCCCUUCCCCUUGAAACGCGACGAAUUUCCAUCGCGAGUGACCGUAGGUCAAUGAUAAGAUGGUUUAAAGGAAGAUUCGCGGCAUUAGCCGGCUCCCUGUCGCUAGAUAUAUAAAGUACCGUCUAGGAAUUCAGCUCUUCGUAAUUAAAUUGAUUAUAGUUCCCCGUAAGAUGGCGGAUUAGCGUCGAGAAAUCUACUAUUUUUAACGAAAAUAGAAACUGCAUGGAAACGAUAUCAAAUGGGGAAGGCUCAUUGGCAUAUAAAGACUCAACAAGGAGAAAUAAAUUUCGUAAAUUCAUAAACUUUAUAAACUUCAUAAAUUACAAAAUAUAUGAUUUUGAAGCUUGUACAAUUUCUGUAUCAGUAUCCGAAUAUUAUAUUUGAUUAGCUUUGAUAAUCAACGCGACUAUCGUAAAAUAUCCUAAAUAAAUUCUCACCGUUCAUCGAUCUUGGUAUUCUCUCCGGUUCGAAUCGCGCGCGCUCCUGUCCAAGAUGGCGCCCUGACGGUACUCUGUGCAUCUAGCGGCACCGGGGUUCCCCCCGGGGCGCUGCAACGCCACCUCAUCGGACCCCUCGUCAAACCUCGAUUACUUUAGGCCCUUUCCCCGUUCGUGACAAACGCUUCGGUGAACGAAUCGCUACGCAAACGGUCUAAAGAGAGAAAAAUACGUACGUAGUCGCGGACUGUGAGGGACACACACACGUUAGGGAAGCUUUCGUGAUCGUCGAGCACCACCACCACCGCCGCCGCUGCUUGUGUCCACGCGAGAAAGCGAUAACCGACACCGUGACACGUUAACACGCACGGUGAUUAAUUGGGACCCGGUGCGAUUCGUCAUUUGUCAGUCAUGAAUCUUAUGUUCCGCAAGAACUUCGGCGGCGAGAAGGGCUUCGGUGGUGGUGGAGGAGGAGUAGGAGGCGGCGGGGGAUUGGAGGGCCGCACGGCCCUCGGUGGCACGUCGGGCACCUUGGGCUACGGGGGCCCGCGUUUCGGCGUGGUGCGUGGCGCCAAUCAGGCGGCCGUGGGCGCACGCGGACCAAUCAGACGCAGCAGGGAGUUUGGCUAUUUCCCGUCGAUGGCGGAUCACGACCACCAGGGAUACGGAUAUAGGACUCACCUGUUCCUUUCGCCACCGUCAGGCGGCGCCCUUGGGUCCCCGCCGGACGAACCGACCGAACGACUGGGCCCACCGCCUAGGAGGAACUCGGGCCCGCAUGUGAUCAAGUGGGGCGGUGGUGGGGGUAGCGCCACCGCGCAGGGAUCGGCGGCUGCCGGCCAGGCGAGGAGGAAGGCUCAGAACCCGCUGCAGAAGGACCCUUCCGAACCACCUACACCGACUGCCUCCAGACAGGUUUCCUUUAGCGGCAACCGAGCAUCCGGCGCGUACACGCCGCUGGUGGUUUCCGGGAACAGCCCGCCACGCGGUGAACCAAUCUCCUUGGCCACGUUGGACAGGGACUGUUUCAUCAUCCCCCUCGCGUCUGUUGAACGCUUUCUGCCAGCGGGAGUUCCGCUUUAUUCCGACUCGUUCCAGCACGCCCCAAUCGCAGACAAAAAACGACCAGGGAGUCCUCUGUCGAUCCUGGAAGUCGAGGACCCUAAACAAUGUGUUCUGGCUCAUUUCAUGACGUCCCUGGAGCCGUUGGAUCCAUUAGUCGAGACUCCAGUUUCCCGUCCGUUGGUUCUCCAACGGGACACUGCGGCCGAAUUGGUCGCCGAAAUAGCGCCCUCCGCCUCCCAGAGUAUUCUGCUCACGAACAUGGAGAAAAAUGCGGAUUUUCCAUUUAUCACGUACUACCUAAUCAACAAGCAGAACACGGAUCCCGUAGACUUUUAUAACGAAGUCCAGUGCGCCGCUCUGAGGAAGUUCGAUCCUCGAGAUCUGCGAUACGCAGCCAGCCACACGUUGGACCUGUUCAACGAGGUGGCGACCAUUGCGAGGCCGCCGUUGGAACCACCUGGUGUCAGACCACCGAUUCCGUCCACCGGCUACAUCGUCUCCAUUUUUAAGGUGUUCGAAGGCGACGACGGCCUCAAGUUCGAACAGAACUGGCUCUACUGGACAGGUGCCCGUAUGAUGUACCGAUACUUACCGAAGUCGGUUGGCCUAAGACGUAUUACGCUGCACAAAUCAAUGUCACAGGGCGACAAGAUGUACCUACUGAUCUGCGAGUGCUCGCAGCUGCAAGACAAUCUCUCCGCGGCGGCCAUAUUGUUGCCAGCGUUGCGCGCCCGACUGUGCGGUUACACGGGACUCUACAGACCUUCCGUGUGUUUCUGAUUCGUCAAGAAACGUCGACGACGUGCCACCGACAGGGCCACCCUGUGAACUUCGCAUCGAAGAACGAUAUUCGAGCAUCGAAUUUCGAAUUUCGCGAUGAGACGCCCGUUCGUGUGGCGCGCGCAGCGACUGCGCGGCCGUCGACUGAUCUAGUCGCAUUAAUCCAGUCUAGUGGUUCUUAAGCACUACUUUGGUCUCUGUUUUUUUUUAUUAUGUUUCGUUGAUGGUCUAAACAACGUACAGACAAAAUGUUUGAGAUAACUUUGUUAAUUUUUAGGAAAUUACUGAAUUUAUGUUCCUAAGUGUCCGGGACGCUUAUAUCGCGAAGCUUUAGUGUUUAAGAACCACUGCACUAGUAACCGAGAAUCUGUGGUACGUCCCAUGAGACAUUAAAGCGGAUGUAAAGAAGCAUUCGUCGCGUGAUAUAUUUAUUCGUUUUCUUCUGUCAUCGCGAGAAAUAUAAAAUUGUAAAAUGUUACAGUGCUACUUAAAGAACUUGCAUGUAUUCAGAGAAUAUUCCGUUGGCGUAAGUCCCCUGCCACAGUCGCGUGGAUUUCAUUUGCAUCCACUGUAUCGUCUCAUGGAAACAAAGGUUGUUGCAUGGCAAUCUAAAGGGUCGUUUCGAGGACUCGUAAAACCAAUCCGCGAUAUUGGUAGCGCGCCAAUCCGUGCGAUACGAUCAUCUCGUUUCCGGUUUUAUAAAGUCACUUAUUUUCUUACAUCAUCGCGUGGCUCGGGUAUUAUGACGCGCUGCUUACGACUUUAUUAGAGCUGUAUCGUCGUCGUAAUCGUACGAAUUUUGCAAUAUCAAGAAACGAGAGAGCCAGAGAGAGAGAGAGCCCCCUCCCCCCCAGCCAUGGGGAAUCGGAGACCAAAGAUCUCCGUCGAAUAAACGAAUCGUAAUGGCGACACUUUCGUAUACGCUUUAGGGAAAUCUCAACGAGAAUCUUGUACGCUUACGGGUUUGCAUACCCGUUUAGUUACGCCUCUGGCCAGUUUGUAUUUUUCGACUUUACAUACUUCAUCCGACGUUCAGCGAAACGUUAUUGUAUAUCGUGCCCACUCGAUAUCAAUGGGGGGCCAUCUGCAUGUACAUACACACACCGCGUGACGACUUUUACUACUAUCGACGACUUAUCGACAGGGGUGGGCAACAUUUUUAUCUGGAUAUCUACGUCAGAUAACGAGUAAGCGAUAUUCGAAUAAGGAUAUUUGUUAAUCGACUGAGAAUGUUGGCCACGUCUGGUUAUCGAUCGAAUCGCUGACUACAUAUCAUAUACUCGAUAAACUGUGAUAUUCGAACGAUUGCCGUAUAUAUCACAAGGACGAAGAGAACGCGUUCGCGAGUACUUCUCGACACCACUUCUUUGAAAUGCUGCUCUUCGAAAUCAAUUAGGCGAGACCGGGAACUCGACGGUAGAGGCUACUGUAACGUAAUUUCCAAAUCUUUUAUCAAUUACAUUCACACGUUUGAUAAUUACAUAUCCUUGCCUGGGAUUAUCGAAGCACGAGGAUUUCGACUUACGAAGAAUAGAUAUCACGGAUGAAUUAUGACUUUGAAAUUCAAACGGCGACUCGGUUAUGUUCGUUAUCGAAAGAUACAAAAUGAAAAAUGAAAUGAAUCAACGGAAUCGCUAUUUAAAUUUCAAAUUUGCAUUCCAUUCGUCACCACGAGGAUUAGGUCUCCCAACUUUUGAGGAGAUGCAGGGACAGUGACAAGUAGAUCUAUUGGGAAAUACGCGGGGAAAGCUUAAUCAAAUCUUUCUUAGGUGCCCGUAGAAGUUUUUAGAACGAGGACGAGUAGCGUGAAUUGGCAUCGUAGUACAAAAACUACACGAAAAUAUAAAAUAAAAAACGUAUAGUCAAUAUACGCUUGUUGCAUACAGACAAUAGCUAGAACGAUUGCGCAGGCGCGAUCGGUUAGAUUUUUAAGGACCCAGACACGGCGUAUACUUGUAAUACGUCCCUCCGUACUCGCUGAAACAAAAUGUGGAACAAGUUGCUCUAUACAUAUAAGGCGACGACGAAUAAAAAAAAAAUAAAUACAAAUAAAUAAAUAAAUAAAUAAAUAAAUAAAU